AUUUUCUCAACCGUCAACGGUCAAGUUAAGUUACUAAACAGAAUUCCGAAGGGUUGCAGUUGCUCGCAAAUUGCAAAGCUGCAAUCUUUCCCCGUGUUCUGUUUUUUUGUUCAAUCUCUGAAACGAACAAAAUUAACAUGUAAAUCCUAACAAUAACCAAUUAACCAUUCUAAAACCAAAACCUUUAAAAGCUACCUUGAGAUGAUGAGGCUGCUUUCGAACACAUUCCGAUCCAUAAAGCCUCAUAGUUCGAUCAAAUCAAAAUCAUCACCAUCACCAUUACCCGUAUGUAGAAUAUCACCGGCAAAAUCGAAUUCGAGUUCGAGAUCAAGAUCUUGGUGUGUUUAUCUUAUCCUUUCUACCAACGCCCCCAUCAAAACCUAUGUUGGUGUAACCAACAAUUUCUCUCGCCGCUUGAAACAACAUAAUGGUGACCUUAAAGGCGGUGCAAAAGCAUCUCGUGCAGGAAGACCAUGGAUUUGUGCAUGCUUGAUUCAAGGGUUUAGUGACCAAAGUGAAGCUUGUGAGUUUGAAUCAAAAUGGAAAAGUUUGUCAAGAAAAUUGCCUAGAAAUAGAAAGAACGAUGACUCAACGAAAGACAGUAUCAAUGGAUCACAUGCAUUGCUGCAGCACAGGCAAACAGCUCUAAGCAGAGUUAAAGGUUCGCUGAAUUGUAGUCACUUAGAUAUUAACUGGAAAUUGAAUCCUUUCUAAUUUCAUCGGGGGCAUGAGAGAGACAGUGGUUUACCCUGUGGCGGAUGUCAGCAGUUCGAGUCCGCUUAUCUUUCAACUCGUGAACUUAGCCUGUAUAAAGCUAAACGAUAGCACCCAAUAUGAUCCAAUCUGCAAGGACCAUGAUAAGGAAUUGUUUGAUCGUCAAAAUACCCCUUGAUGUCACAACCAUAUUGCUUCAAAAUAAGUUUAUAAUCUGAUUAACAUUUAUGGUAGUCGUGUAUAAUUUGUUUAACGUUAUUCUGCUAAUAUAACUAAUUAGCGGAUGAUAUUCGUUGUAUAUUUGCCAAUUGUAACAACAAAAAUAGGAAGAAUUUAGGGAAGUUGGAAAGCAAAGUCCUGUGCCUGUUGGUAGGUUUGUAAAAUGCACCGUUUAUGUUUUUCUUGGUGAAUGAGAAGCAUGUAUAUGGAAAUAUACAUAUUAAAGUGCUGCUUGUAAUGAACCUAUUUUUCCAAUUGAGAUUCUGCAAUGUUGCUGCACCAAGAA